AUUUCCGGCCGUUUCCCAUUUAUUAUUUGGUGGCACAACAUGAUCCAGCAGCAUGGAGGCGGCGGCGGCGGCAGCGCCAACUGGUCGACGGACGAGUGGAUGUUUCGCAUCAGCAUCAUCCUUGUCCUGGUCCUUUUGGCCGCGGUCUUCUCGGGCCUGACGCUCGGGCUCAUGUCGCUGGACAAGACUGGACUCGACAUCGUGAUCGCGACGGGCGAAGACCCGAAAGCCACCGUGGAAGAACGGAUCAAUGCCAAGCAUGCCAGGAAGAUUCGGCCGAUUCGGCAAGACGGUCACCUUCUCCUUACGACGCUCCUCUUUGGCAAUGUCGCGGUCAACUCGAUCAUGGCCAUCCUCAUGGCCGACAUGACGUCAGGGACGGUCGGGUUCAUCGUGAGCACGGUCGUGCUGGUGAUCUUUGGUGAGCUCGUGCCCCAAGCGCUCUGCUCCAAGCAUCCUCUCGCAAUCGGGGCUGCCGCGCUUCCAGUGAUUCGACUCCUCCUUGCAAGCAUGUACAUCGUGGCCAAACCGAUUGCGCUCGUGCUUGACUGGGCCGUGGGGAAGGACAUGGGGACGCUCUUUUCCAAAGGCGAGUUGGAAAAGAUGCUCGACAUCCAUGUCGCCCAGAAAAAACUCGACUCGGACGAGCUCGCGAUCAUGAAGGGCGCAAUGUACUACAAACAGACCGCUGUAUCGUCGAUCAUGACGCCGAUCGCGGACGCCUUCACGCUCCCGGGGUCGACCGUGCUCGACCAACCAACUAUUGAACGGAUCUACGCAGCGGGGUUUACGCGCGUGCCAGUGUGGGGCCGCGACCUCAACGACAUCCUCGGGGUCGUGUUUGCCAAGGACUUGAUCUUUGUCCACCCGCAGGACAACGGCACGCUGUUGGACUUUAUGCAUCUCUUUGGGCGCAGCGUCCAUCGCGUGUGGCCCGACUCGUCGCUGGGCGACGUCCUGCACGCAUUCAAGCUCGGUCGGACGCAUUUGGCGAUUGUCCAUGACGUAAACAAUUGGUCGGACGUCGAUCCGUUUUACGAAACGCAGGGCGUCGUGACGUUGGAAGACAUUGUCGAGGAGAUUCUGCAGACGGACAUCCUGGACGAACGCGAUGUCGUCGAGGGGGAGAUGGCCGCACGAAACAAGCGACUGCAUCACCCGAGCUUUGACACGGGCGUCCGCCACAUCCUCGACAACAACACGACAUGCAAGUCGAUGGACGAGCCAGAGGCCAUGUCGUUAGCCAAGCACUUGGUCGCAACGCACCCGGUGUUUCAAGUGUCGACGUCAGCAGGCGUGCCAUUGACGGCGGCCACCGUGGCCGCGUUGCUCAUGCGAAGCGCGAUCGUGGAAUUCGACGCGGACCAAGAGUACCCCCCGCUGUACGAGAUGCACACUGUCGCGCCGCCCCACUGCAUGGUUAUCGUCCAAGGGUCGGUGACAGUCACGACCAGUGAAGGCAAAACCUCGACGGCCGGGCUCUGGACGGUGCUGAGCGCGCACAGCUUGCUCGGUGCGGAAGGCGACGUCCGCAGCGACAUGACGGCAACAGUGGCUCGCGCCAGCUACACGCGGUGCUUGCGAAUAUCUCGACUCGAGUUUCAGCGCAUGCUGCGCCCUGUUCAACUGACAAACAACACGUCCGAGCUCACGUUGAAGCGCCAUCAGAGCAGCCAUGCGAUCAACACGGUCGGCCGCGUCCGUCGGUCGCGCAAAAACCCGCCGACCGGCCACGUCGCCGACAUCGUCCAGUACGUGUAG